UUGGUGAUAUUUGUGAUAUUCUUUAUUUAUUUGGAAUUGAUAUCUGUGAGGUAAAUUUAACUCUGGGACGUUUUUCAGACAAGGCCCAGCCCAUGAACCUCCCUCCACCCCAAAACAGACUAUCAAAAUAUUCGAUUUAGAUUUACGGACUACCGGGCAUUGAAACCCCGACCCUGGCCAAUGUUUAGGAGUUCUAAUUAUAAUGUAAUUAAUUAAGAAUUUAAUUCUUUUAGAAGGAAAUUAAAAACAAAUUAAUGGAAACUUCAACACCUUUAAUUGGUAAUUCUCUACAUUCUAGACAUUCACUAUUUUUAACUGGACAUGUAUUUAAUAGUUAUCAUAGUGAAACUCAGAUUAUUAGAUAUAUGAAAAGACUUGAAAACAAAGAUCUCUCACUUGUCCAUUCAAUGAUUCCCCUCGGUUCUUGUACAAUGAAAUUAAAUGCAAGUUGUGAAUUAAUUCCUAUAAGUUGGCCAAAAUUAGCUAAUAUUCACCCUUUUGUACCUACAGAACAAGCAAAAGGAUAUUCUAAAAUUUUUAAUGAUUUGGAACGUUGGUUGUGUGAACUUACUGGUUAUGAUAAAUUUUCUUUACAGCCAAAUAGUGGAGCUAAUGGUGAAUAUGCUGGUAUGUUGGCAAUUCGUGGUUAUUUCCAUUCUAAAGGGGAAAGCCAAAGAAAUAUUUGUUUGAUCCCUGUAUCUGCCCAUGGAACUAACCCAGCUACUGCACACAUGGCUAAUUUUAAAGUUGUUCCAGUUGAAUCAGAUAAACAUGGAAAUAUUAAUUUUAAAGAUCUCUCUGAUAAAUGUGAAUAUUUUUCUAAUGAAUUAGCAUGUGCAAUGAUUACAUAUCCAUCAACUCAUGGAGUUUUUGAAUCACAAAUUAAAGAAGUUUGUAACAAAAUACACGAAAAUGGAGGUCAAGUUUAUUUAGACGGUGCUAAUUUUAAUGCCCAGGCAUGCCUUUGCAGACCUGGAGAUUAUGGAAGUGAUAUUUCCCAUUUUAAUUUACACAAAACUUUUUGUAUACCUCAUGGUGGUGGAGGACCAGGAAUGGGACCAAUUGGAGUGUAUGUAGAUAUUUUUAGAAAAUAAAUGGAAAUAUGGGGAGAGAUGAGUAUUUAGAUAACUGAAAACAUUAAUUAUUUUAGGGGGAAAAUUUUACGUGAAAAUUUUUUAAUUUGAGUUAAUAAUUUUAAACAAACAGUUAACCCAAUAAUUAAAUAUUGAAUGGGUACAGUCAUUUUUUAAUAAAUUUGGGGAAAAAGGACUGGUCCUAAGUUCAAGACUUUUGUUCCAAAGACUUUCUUGGGGAUUUUCUUUCAUGGGCUUGUGCUUUCUCUUGGACUUAGGGUCCAGCCUGAGUCUUGUAAAUUUUCAGUCUUUAACAUUUUUAGAAUUUAUCCACAAAAUAUUUCCAAGUUUCCUUCUAAAUCAAAAAAUUUUUCCAACAGAUUUAAAUAAUUUAU